AUACACAUGAUCUCGAUUGUCAACAAGCAUGGAGUUAUCUGUCACAAUUUCACCAAGCGGAGAUAUCAACAAGAAUAUUUUUAAGUUGAAACCUCCUAGAAAAGAUGGAUUGCUCUUGAAUAUUCAUCACAGCAAGCCAAACAACAAAAUCCGCUUCAUCCACACCGCUUUCCAUGAUAGAGGCCACGUUCUAGCUUCAGCUGACAACGAAGGGAACUUCUACAUCGUGGACUUCCACACUUGCAAGUACUGGGGACUUCCAAAAUUAGACUCCUGCACCUUCCUCAGGUUUUCAGCCUACAGACCUGAUGAGUUACUUUGUGGUAGAAACAAUGGAGAUGUGUACGUUGUUCACUAUGAAAGUGGAACGGUUACCGGAACGCUCUGUGGACACAAAUCGCCGGUUAAGGAUGCCACGUUCGGUGGGAAGAGUGGUUGUUUGACCACGUCGCAGUAUGAGGCCAUUGUGUGGAGUCUUGAGACGAACACUAAGAUACAGGUGUUGAAUUUGGAAAAGAAUAAUGCUUUGAAACAUCUUGAUAUGGAAUGUCUGCUCAUGCUCCAUCGGUACUCGGAAUGAAAAUUGAAACCUAUUGGCUGAUUACAUUGGUAGGAAAUAAAGGGGAUUUAAAUGGCAUUUCUUUCAAUGUAUGGAUUUAAAUUUAAUUUUUGGCAACAUAUGGUAGUGUUCAUUCCGAAAUCAAACUACACACUUGCUUGUUUUCAAGACGACCUGAUACAAGUCUGGGAUAACACAGACUUCGACUGUAUCAAGCAAUUUCUACCGAUAAACUGGAAGAAUUAUUCUGUUAAAAGCAUUGCCUUUACAAAAAACGGGCAAAUAAUGGUUGUUGCAGGAUACCUCCCAACCCUCGUGAUUUUCUCACUAGAUCACUGGAAAUUACUGAAAAUUGUCAAUUUACCUGAACACAUCCAUACGGUGAAACAUGUGGAGUUUGUUCAGAGACCAUUUGAUGGGGGAUGCAACAGGAUCUUGGCAAUAUUAUCAGGUCAAGGGAUGAUCUAUUUUUACAAUGUGGAAGAAAACGCUAUCACGAGUCAACUAACCACACAGUACGAAGUCAGCAAAUUUUCCCUUUGUCCCAAUGGAAGCUAUGUAGCUUGUGUUCUUUGCUCUGGAGAUGUUGAGCUGUACUGCUUGUCAAAUUAUGUUGAAUGUAUUACUGAAGACGAACCUUGUGAAAGGAAGGUUUAUGUCAAAGCCAAGAGAUGUGCCAAAAAGAUUGGUCAUGUCAAGGAACAGAUUAGUGAAAUUUUGGAGAUCAACAAACUUAAAGCAAUACUGGCCGAGUUCGGAACAUAUCCUGAAGCUCACAGAACAAAAAUUUGGGAAAAGCUCCUCAAACUUCCUAACAACAUCCAACAAUACAACAGCAUAAUAAACCAUGUUACUGUAGUUGCUUUCCAGGAUUUGAAGCAAAAGUAUCCUUUGGAGAAUAAACUUCUUAUGAAAAGUUUAAAAAAGUUGUUGAACAAUUUAACGACUUGGAAUUCGUUUUUCGCUAUUGUGGAUUAUAUGCCAAUUUUUGUAUUUCCCUUUAUAAAGGUUUUCAAUAACAAGCCUGUAGCUUGCUUUGAGGCUAUAUGUACUAUAAUAUGCAACUGGUGCCAACACUUCUUCGAGUACCAUCCUCUUGCACCAGUGAACAUUCUGGCCAUGAUAGAGAACAUCCUUUUAGAACAUGACCCAAUGCUACUUCACCAUUACUCUUUACACAAAGUGACCGCCCAUAUUUACGCUUGGCCACUCCUAGAAAGCGCUUUUUCCGAAGUUCUCACUGCUAGCGAAUGGUUGCAACUUUGGGACCAUAUUCUUACUUAUGAAGUAUCUUUUUUCCAUUGCGUGGUGGUUGCCUACAAUAUCGUCCAGAGACACAUUCUAUUAUCGUUCAGAAGAACUGAAGAUUUCGUGCUAUUUUUUUACAACCAAAAUCCCGUUAACAUGAAACGAUUACUCAAGGUGACCUUCAGGAUACUCGAAGAAACGAGUAAAGACAAUCAUCCCAGGGAGUUUUUGACAGAUUUCAAGGGUUUGGACAUUGGAAAUUAUCCACUCUUUACAGAAUAUCCAAAGAGCGUAGUUGAAUACCAAUUGGAAGAAGAAAGAAAAAUAGAUGAAGAGUUGGAGUCCAUAGUGAUUAGCAGAGCGGAGUUAGAUAACUUCAAUAAGGAAGAAAAUAAGGAAAAAGCUAUCAGGCAAGAACAAGAAAAGAGGGUAAGAGCUCUGGAAGAAAAGUGUUUGGAAAAACUCCGCUCAAAAAAGGAAUUCGUUCAACAAGAACGGGAAAAAGUUGACAAGAUCAAACAACUUCUCUCCGGAUAUCAGUUAAAACAAUCAGAUAUCCAAAGCGACGAAAGUUCAACUCCAGACUUACUUAAUUUCAAAAAAUCUGAAGAGAUCUUCCAUAACAGAAAGUCCAAGCAAGAGAGCAGUAUAUACAAUCAAGAAAUAAUGCCAGGAGUGGCAGAAAGUUCAACACCAAUGAUUGAGGACAUGUUUGGGGUUAAGGAACAGUACCUUAUGAGGCUGAAGAAGCUUUUAGAGUACAAGCAUAAAAUAAACGAUUUGUUGGAUAAAAGUGAAAAGCAUAUUGGCGAUAAAGAACUGAAGGCUAAGAUUGAAGGUCAGAUAAACAAGAUCAAAAUCAGUUUGAAAUCUACUGGAAGCUUAAAGAAACUGAAUAUUACAACUAGUAUCAACCUUUUAGAAAAUCUGAUUGGUAAAAUUGAGAAUGAAUUAAGAAAUGACAAAGGCACGAGGAAAGAACCAAGUAUAAAUAAGAAGAUGAACAGACUUCAAAAAGAAACGAAAGGGUUAGAAAAGGAAGUCGCCAAAUUAUUGCAGCUUGUUUCAAAGGACACCAAGAUAAUACCUUAUCUUCAGCAGGAAAAUAUGGGCUCCCUCUGCAACUGCCCCGAAUGGUGCGAAAAGAAAGUUAGGUUUAGUCCUUCAUCCAGUGGAAUAUUGGAAUGAAACACUUGUUUACUACUGUUAUUAUUUAUUUUUAUACUUUUGUGAAAAUUACAAUUAUGCUUAAGGAAGUGUUUAAGUGGUCCUAUCCCAUACAUUAACC